CUUAAAAUUAUAAUCUCAUCAAACCAUAGCUGGCAGCAUAUGAAUCUUAUCCCCACAUUCUCAUUCCCCUGAGUGAGUCAUAAAAAGCUUAAUUUGCCUCUGCUAGCUGCCACUGCCUACCAAUUAUUCACAUUUCACACCCCCCAACAAUAAUGGAACAAAAAACAACCUCUUCUUCAUGCCUUCUAUUCUCAAUUCUUUCUUUUCUUUUCAUCUUUCUUUCAUGUUUCUCAGGAUCUGUUGCUGCUUACAAAAAUUACACAGUAGGAGAUUCUUUAGGCUGGUUUGACACUCUUGAAAAGCCUAAUGUUAAUUACCAGAAAUGGGUUGCCAAAAAAGAAUUCAGCUUGGGAGAUUUCCUCAUUUUCAACACAGACAACAACCACUCUAUUAUUCAAACAUACAAUUCCACCACAUACAAAUCAUGUGAUUAUAAUGAUGCACAAGACAAGGACACAUUCCAGUGGUCAUCACUUGAUCCAUCCAACGCUGAGACACAUACCGUGGCAGUUCCUUUACUAAAGGAAGGUUUAACAUAUUUCUUCUCAAGUGAUUAUGAUGGUGAGCAAUGCAAAAAUGGACAACGUUUCAAAAUAAAUGUGACUCAUGGGGAAGGGUUGCCCAAGAGUCUUCAAAAUCCAGACGAUUCUCCAUCUCCUGUUAGUCCAGUGUCCGGUGACGAUGAUUCGGCACCAGACACAAUCGUUCCUUCCAAUUUCAACAAUCCUAAAGAAGAUAGUGAUGAUGAAAAAUCUAGUGAUAAAGACAAAGACACAUCUAAUUCUAUUUCGUUGAUAAAGUAUACACAACUUCACAACAUGUUGUACGGGUCUCUUGUCUUGUUAGGGAUGUUUUUCUUGCUUUAGUAAGUUAAUACACCUUUAAUUAAUUUAUUUUAUAGUAAUUUUUUUUAUAAAAGUUAUUAUUUCCAUGUUUAAUUUUUAUUAGGCACGUGGUGUGAGCUAGUAGGAUAUACCGUAUAUGUUAUUGUUGUAUAAACUUCAAAAUAUACCUAUGUUGUAAACUUUAAAUAAUAUAUGAAGAAAAAACAAGAGUUCAUAAAAUAAUUUCA